AUGACCUUUCUGGCUCAAGACAAGCCACGCUGUAGCUUGCCUGCCCGACAAGACAUGGAAGCAGCAUUGGAAAGAGAGCGAAGCCGAACAUGCAAUGCGAUGCUGGCGUCCUCCACGGAAACCUCGUUGACUUUCAACGACCAAGCCGGAGCAGCGCCAACACACAUACGUGAGUCGUCGGCUGAAGACUUGAAGCUGCGCACAGAAACAUCGACAGGUCUUCCGAUCCAUGCAAGAGGUUCGGCCAACUGGUGGUUACGCCGUGCAGACAAUGCUGCCCAAGCUCAGAAUAACAGGGAGCUGCAGGACACCUGCAUCUUUGCGCUCCAGCAGUCGGGUGGCCGCCUCCGCCGCCUUGUCAAGAAGCUGGAUCUUGAGGAUGGCAAUGUGAAGAAGGGGCAGCACAAAGAGCAGCACGAAGAGGACCAAGAGGAGCCAGCGGAAUUUGAUGACACGGCGUCUUAUGCGUCUUGGCAGUCGUGGAGAUCGGCGGAGUGUAGUCGGAGCGGCUCCUUCCGCUUAUCAAGAUCUGCAAGUGAAGCGAGCUGCCACAGCACGGCCAGUGGUGCCUUCAUGCAGGAGCUGCUAGCCAGUAGUGGUGACGACCAAUCGCUUGGAAGUUGCCCGCCCAGCAGAGACUGGGGAACGUGCAUCUUCGCGGCAGACACGGAUGCAGGGACGUGUAGCACACAUCGACGGGUCAAGCCAUUGGUGCAGCCACAACAGCGGUGCGCAGCGAGCAGUCAGAUCCAGAAAAGCGAAAGUAAUGCAUCCUGGACAUCCUUUGCUGAAUUACCACAGGACACCAGCCCACUAAGCCAAGCAAGUUGCAACAGUAGCGCUAGUGCCGCGGCGAUGAACGAGCUUUUGGCAAAGAGUGGAGAAGAACCUCGCAGGUACAAGAUGGUGAAGCCGAUGAAGCCCAUGGUGAAGCCUCUGGCGCCAACAGUGCCAACAGUGCCAAGCACAAUUUGCGAACCCACGGAUGAAGGUGCAGGUGAUGAAAAAAAUGUGUCCAAGAGCUUCAAGGCUGCCCCAAGCCUUGCCGAGCAACGUGAGCAACGUGACGAGCUCGUGGCUGUUCUGCCGUGCAGUAAGGGCGCAAAGGCUCUCAAUCAGCCAAGAAGCAUCGUCAACCUUCACUCUCGUCUUCCUGCAUCCUGCAGAAACUUCUUCGGGCAGAGCGGCGUGCACUAA